UAAGUCGUAAAAUACAUUGACACAUCACUGUCGAUGUAAGUCUUCCCUCUCUCUAAACUUAGUCCACAGUGUCCCCUCCUAUUUUCUUUGGUUUUCUCAUUUCUGGGGUUUAAGGGCUUGUGAAGACUGAAGCUUUGCUUUGCUUUUCUGGAGCAAAAAUGAAGACUCUCUCCCUUUAUGAUAUCGUUCUCCUUCUUCUUCUUCGUCUUCUUCCUCUUUUAGUAGCUUCUGCUUCUGUUGAUAAAGAGGCUUUCAUUGGUGUAAACGUUGGUACGGACCUCUCAGACAUGCCUAGUCCAACUCAGGUGGUGGCCCUCCUCAAAGCACAGCAGAUUCGACAUGUCCGGCUAUUUGAUGCUGACCGAGCUAUGCUGCUGGCACUUGCUAAUACUGGAAUCCGUGUAACCGUUUCUGUACCAAAUGAUCAGCUUUUAGGGAUAGGCCAGUCCAAUGCCACUGCUGCCAACUGGGUUUCUCGGAAUAUUCUUUCUCAUGUUCCAGCCACCAAAAUCACUGCCAUAGCUAUUGGAUCUGAAGUUCUCACAACUCUUCCUAAUGCUGCUCCUAUCUUGGUGUCUGCAAUGCAGUUUAUUCACUCUGCUCUUGUUGCUACAAAUCUUGCUUCCCAAAUCAAAGUCUCCACUCCACAUUCCUCUUCUAUCAUCCUAGAUUCUUUUCCACCUUCACAAGCUUUCUUUAAUCGAUCUUGGGAUCCAGUUGUGAUUCCCAUGCUCAAAUUUUUGCAGUCCACUGAGUCAUAUCUCAUGCUCAAUGUUUAUCCUUAUUAUGUUUAUAAGCAAUCCAAUGGUGCAAUCCCAUUGGACUAUGCUCUUUUUCGUCCCCUCCCACCUAACAAGGAAGCCGUCGAUUCAAAUACACUCCUACACUACACUAAUGUUUUUGAUGCUGUUGUCGAUGCAGCAUAUUUUGCUAUGUCCUACUUGAACUUUACUAAUAUUCCAAUUACAGUGACCGAAUCAGGUUGGCCUUCCAAGGGUGACUCAGAUGCUACUCUUGACAAUGCUAACACUUAUAAUAGCAACUUAAUCAAGCAUGUGCUUAACAACACUGGGACUCCUAAACACCCUGGGAUUGCAGUCAGCACUUACAUUUAUGAGCUUUACAAUGAAGAUCUAAGACAAGGCUCUACUUCAGAAAAGAAUUGGGGACUCUUCUAUCCCAGUGGAGCACCAGUCUAUAUCCUACACUUGACAGGAUCUGGGACUGUGUUGGCAAAUGACACUACAAACCAAACUUACUGCGUCGCAAGGGAAAAUGCAGAUAAAAAGAUGGUGCAAGCUGCUUUGGAUUGGGCUUGUGGACCUGGCAAAGUGGAUUGCAAUCCUUUGUUACAAGGGAACCCUUGUUAUGAACCCGAUAGUGUCUUUGCACAUGCAUCAUAUGCUUUUGAUGCAUAUUAUCACAAGAUGGGAAUGGCAGAUGGAACAUGCAACUUCAAUGGGGUGGCUACAGUAACUACAUCAGAUCCAAGUCAUGGUUCUUGUAUAUUUCCAGGAAGUGGAGGGAAAAAUGGCACCGUCACAAAUGGAACCACUCUUGCUCCAUCAUCAAACUCAACAUCGUCUGGCUGUCAUUUACAAUAUACCCGUGAAAAUCAAGCUUUUUUGAGCUCUUUAAUUGUUGGUUUGAUACUCUGCUCUGCAGCUUUCUGGUGAAAUGAUGUGGAUUACACUUGCAUAGCUAAUGUGCAAGCAAGUUUUUUACAGCACCAAUUUGGUUUCACUUUCUCUGUAACUUAUCCCUAUUUUGUUCCUCCAAGUAGGAUUAAGGGGUGGCAUGAUCUUUUAAAACCUAUGCGGCAAGUCGCAUUGAGUUGAGAGUGCUCUCAAUUGGUUUGUACGUAGGAUCAAGGUGAAGGAGUUUGUGGUAAGUGCUGUAAUUAUCCUCAGGGUAUUCAUUCUUUUCUUCCUAAAGCUGAUGUUCCAUUGUCUUGAAAUGAUAUUCACUAUGCUUUUGCACAGAUGGGAUACUCUCAUUUGAUUUAUAUACAGGCAAGUUGUUUUUC